GGCGGCAGCCACAGCGGAGUCAGCGGCGCCUUGGAGGAGGCGGCGGCGAGGGGCAUGGACUCGGGCGGCAGGAACUCCUCUGGUGCCCCGAACAGCACCCUGAGCGAGUCCCAGGGCAGCGCCAUCCUCAUCUCUUUCAUCUACUCUGUGGUGUGCCUGGUGGGGCUGUGUGGUAACUCCAUGGUCAUCUACGUGAUCCUACGCUAUGCCAAGAUGAAGACGGCCACCAACAUCUACAUCCUUAACUUGGCCAUUGCGGAUGAGCUGCUGAUGCUUAGCGUCCCCUUCCUGGUCACCUCCACCCUGCUGCACCACUGGCCCUUUGGCUCUCUGCUCUGCCGCCUGGUGCUCAGCGUGGAUGCCAUCAACAUGUUCACCAGUAUCUACUGCCUGACUGUGCUCAGCGUGGACCGCUACAUCGCUGUGGUGCACCCCAUCAAGGCGGCCAGGUACCGCCGGCCCACCGUGGCUAAGAUGGUCAACCUUGGUGUCUGGGUGCUUUCCAUCCUCAUCAUCCUGCCGAUCAUCAUCUUCUCCAAUACAGCAGCCAACAGUGAUGGAACGGUGGCUUGCAACAUGCUCAUGCCGGAGCCCACUCAGAGGUGGCUGGUGGUCUUUGUGGUCUACACCUUUCUGAUGGGCUUCUUGCUACCAGUGGUGGCCAUCUGCCUCUGCUACAUCCUCAUCAUUGCCAAGAUGCGCAUGGUGGCCCUGAAGGCUGGCUGGCAACAACGCAAACGCUCGGAGCGCAAGAUCACCCUCAUGGUCAUGAUGGUGGUGAUGGUCUUUGUCAUCUGUUGGAUGCCCUUCUACAUUGUGCAGCUAGUCAAUGUCUUUGUAGAGCAGGAUGAUGCCACCAUCAGCCAGCUCUCCGUCAUCUUGGGCUAUGCUAAUAGCUGUGCCAACCCCAUCCUCUAUGGCUUUCUCUCAGACAAUUUCAAGCGGUCCUUCCAGAGACUGCUCUGCCUCAGUUGGAUGGACAAUGCUCCGGAGGAACCCAUCGACUACUAUGCCACUGCCCUCAAGAGCAGGGCGUACAGCGUGGAGGACUCCCCGGACAACUUGGAGUCAGGGAGCAUGUAUAGGAACGGCACGUGCACCUCCAGGAUUACUACCCUCUGAGGAAGCAUUCUUGCCCCCUGCCCCACUACCCCCCAGCAGGAGGGUGAGCGGAGCCAGGCUGUGGCAUGGGGAGGCUGGGAGGGAGGGGGUUUUGAUCCAGCCU